AGCGGAAAGUUGAAACCUUUAAACAGAUUUCAACUUUCUUAAGUAUAAUAUUUAAAUCCCACUGAGAAAUUUUGUUGCAGUGUGCAAAACAAAACAAAAUGGAUUUUGACUUCUUAAAAUACAGCUUUACAUAAACGGAAUUUAGUCCAUUCCCAGGAACAGAAGUGUUACAUGCAUGCGGCAAUGUGCAAUCGGAUAUAUUAUCAAUAGAUUAGUAAUUAGUACAUCAGAGGAAGAUUUUGCGGAAGCUAAGAGUUGCUGAUACUUAUCUGCAGAGAAAGAUAACGUUGGCAGCGCAUGAUUUACACCGAACAGCUGACGGGUAAACUGUACAUGUUUUACGGUAAAUAACACGGUGUGCACGGAACACAAAAUAUUUCUUCACGGAACAAUAAUAAACGGAUAUAUAGACAAAAGCAACAUUAAAGAAUAGUGUUAAAAAGAAAUUUAAUUAUUCAUAUGGCAAUAAUUAAUUUAAUACGAUUAGAUCGAUUUGUUUUUCUUCACCAAAGCAGUGUUAAACAAUAGAUGUAAAAAUUAUUCUCUUUAAAGAUAUAUGAAAUCGCAUGAAACACAUUUGUUAUAGAAUAGACGUUAUAAAGAAUAGUCGUUUGCCGCUUCCGUGCGUCGGCAAACACUAACGGGCUGAAUGCGUGUGACUUUUAGAUGAAUAAUUUAUUUCACUUUGUAAUUAAAUACAACAACUGGAAGUAUUGCCAAGCAAAAAUCAUUAACAUCAUACUCUGGUAAUAUAAUUUACACAUAUCAAACGCUCGUUAAGGGAAGCCUGUUCUCAUAGGGUAGACUUAUUGAUUCUCAUAGACGCUAGAUCUUAUAGAAGUUGUGUUAAACAUUCACCAGACGUUUGCUUCAUGUAAAACUUGGAACUAUUUUAAGAAUUGAUAAUGUUUUUUAUCUCUGGAAUCUAGCGUUUUCGCUGCCAAGAAGCUGGUUAAGAGAAUUUACGGAAGCUGUUUUUUCAAAGUUUUUUUUUAGCGAUAGCUGGCUAACGAUAUCUCGGUGUAUGUUGGUUCUAAUACUGAACCGUAUAAUGGAUAUUUGAUUUAAAAUUUAGACAGACAGCCGGUUUUGUCACGCACUUUUUUACCCGAAUUUAGCUCAUUGAUUUUGCUCAUUAAUAGUUGAUCAGGGAGAGAAACAAUAUGCGUCAAAAGCCAAACUUAAUCAACAAUAACGUGUUAACUGAUGCUGUAUCUUGGAAAGAAGUUGUUCUAAACGCCCGACGGUGGUAACUCUCUGGAAUUUUUGUGUAUAUUUGUGGAUCUAAUCUAGAAAAAAGUGCGAUAUUUGAGAAGUGAAGAAACGUGUAAUAAAUGAAUGUGUAUUAAAUUCUAAUGAAAAAUUAAAUUAUUAAAAAGAAGCAUGUAAGGCCCCAUAGAAGUGACACAGUAACCGACAACCAAUUGAAACUGUUUUAAAAAGGCUUUCAGCAUAACCAAAUGGGAAUAUUAAAAUAGAAACAAAAGUUGAAAGUGGAUUACCAUGUGUGUUUUACUGUGAUAUUAUACAUGUAGAUGGCGAUGUAUGAAUGGAUUGUGGGAUGUAUUGUUUCCGAUACCUGUUCUUUACAGCUCUACUAUUCCAAGCGCUCGUGAUGACCCUUGGAGUAGGGGACGGAGAAGAGGACUGUAUCGGCUUUGCUGGCCAAGCGCCGAUACUAUGUUACGAAUGUAUGUCUGUGACAGAUGACCAUUACUGCGGGGACCCCUUUAACGAGACUCACCCACAGCAUGAGCUCAAGAGAUGUAAAGAGUACUGUGUGAAAUGGACCAGAAAAACGCUUAGUGGGAAAAUUUUAAUUCAAAGAACCUGUUCAAGUAGGCUAGAUAUAAAGUUACGAAAGACCCCAGUGUGUAUACACGAGUCGCGUCCUUCAGAGGGCAUCUUGUGCUUUUGUAACGAAGAUCAAUGUAAUACUGCUCUUUCAGUAACGGGCAACAACUUCCUCGUUAUUAUUGUUCUUGCCUUUGUAACUGUUUUAUUCGGUGUUCGGUGAAAAUGGCCAGUGAAAAUAAAAUUGCUUUAAAUUUGCUCAAUAGAAUGGUUUGCAAAUUUACAAGAGUCCAAGGGAAAUAACUAUAUAUAUCAGUGUGUUCAGUCUAAGAAGUUACUAAUACAGUUUAUCUACUAGUUGAUUAGUUUAGUUUAAUUCAGUUUUCACAUGCACACGUAAACAUGGAACUACAAAACGAAUUUGUCAACAAAAGAGUUUUGAGCACGGAGUAUUACCACAUGAUAAGUCUUUACUCUCCUCUGACACAGAAAACAGCUUUGAAAAAUAUUCAAUGGAAUCAAUGUAUAAUACAAACAACAAACAAUCCAGUUUGCCAUGGAUUAAAAAGAAAAAAAAAGAAAAGAGUAACAAAGUGAAAAGAAUACGAAGAAAAAAAGUGUGAUCAUACAAAACCAUUUGCCAAACAAGUCUAAAACUGCUUGAAGUCAAAGGCAUGCUAUUUUUUUCCAUUUGAAAUGGCCCUGAAGCAUCUGGACCAGCAGUGAUCAAUGUUUUCAUAUUUUGUCGUGAAGAAGCAACUCUGGUAGUAUACGAGUAGUCAAAUAAACAAGCUACCUGACCUGACCUGACUUGAUAAAAUAUACCUUUCAGGAUUUUAUUUUGUCUAAAUGUUAUUUGCGCUGACGGCAAUGCCGACAGUUGCUAAUAGAUAAAUGUUCACUUUCACUUCUGACAAUCGCCUCGGCCCGGGUUAGGUAAAAUAAGAAACCAUUAUAGAUUAAUAAAAAGAAGAUAUUUGGUAUUAUAAAAAGGAAUGUAUACGUGUUAUUGUGAUAUUUUUAACUGCUUAAACGGACUGUAUUGCAAUUCACUAUGCAAUAGAUUCAGGUGUAUAAGCAGUAUAACAAAUAUGAAAGGAAAUGUUUCUUUUGAAUGUUAGAUGCUAAUGUGUCAUUGUUUUCUGUGCUGUUUGCUGCUGUUCCCAAAUGAAUUAUCAGCUCAGUAACCGAUUAAAACGACUGUAAAUAUAUGAAGAUAGACUAUCGUUUUAGAGAUGUAGUUUAGCAAGACAUUACACGGUUUAUUAGAUGGAAAACAACUCUUGUUUGGCAUCUUGUAAACAGUUGUAAUCUGUUUGUAAAUAGUGUUUAUUUAUUCAGUUGUAUUCACAAAUUGUUAGAAUCAAGCACAACGAAUUGUAAAUGUUAAAUAUAUAUUUGGCUGUUAAUUAAGCCGGGAAUUUACAAGGAUUAGUUUGUUAUAUAUGAUUGAAAUAUUCAAGUGCAUUUAUCAUUAUUUGUUAUGUUACUGAGAGUUCUAAUUUCUUGACAUUUACGUCCUUCGUUUCUGACGAAGUUUACUACACUUAGCCUGCUAAAGUCUUAAAUGGACCGGUUCAUCAUUCAAUUUGGACAAUACUAUUACUGAAUAAUAUUUUGAAGUCUGGAUUUUUGUACCAGUUUUCACAAAUGUUGGGUCAUAUCUUGGUCAGUUUUAGUAUGUCAGUAUAUAACAAUGGUGCCGUCUUUGUUUAAUAAUAGUUCGUUUAAAAUCUAUAAUUUUCUGUAGUCUGCACGAUAUAAAGCUUGUUCAAACAUAUUUUGUCAUUGUUUCACAGUUGGCGAUUUAAGAAGACACUUCUUAACUUCACGAGGGUUGUUCCAGAAAAUUGCGAACAUUUUUAUUAUUUCGAAAAGAAGCGACGCAUCAAAUAAUUAUUUUAACUGUUGUUAUUUCAAUGUAUACUCGACAGGACUAUAGAGUUUAAAAUUAAAUAUCUGUCAUAUUGUUUUAGUAUUUUUUUAAAUAAUUGACGCAGUCAGUGCUAGUCGGCGCACGCUCAGUUUUCCUCCUACAAAAAGAAGCGGCUUCCUUUUAAAUUCAUGUAACUUACCUGAUAUACAUCUCACAGGAUUAGAAUUUAUAUCUGCCGUCCAUGAUUUGACAAAUACUCAAAUAAUAUGUUAAACUCUUAUAGUCCCGUCGAGUAUACAUUGAAAUAACAUCAGUUAAAAUGAUAAAAAGUUCGCGAUUUUCUGGGACAACCCUCGUAUAUCUAUUCACAUACGUCAACCCCUACGAUCUAUUGGAGUCCUGUUUUUUUAUGUUAAAUCAAAACAUUUCUUAACCUUCAGAUACCUCAAAUACAUAUUUAGGGAAAUGAUUUAUAUGUGAAGAAACAGCUAAAACAUAAUUAGCACCUCCUAUGAAUUUCUGUUUUGUUCUACAAAUUUAUCAAAUAGUGAACGUCACUAUUCCUUGCGAAAAAUUGAUGUAGUCUUUUGUGGUACCUCUUUACAGCCUUUAUAUAUUAUAGCACUCUUGUAUACUUUUUCCCUUUUCUAUGCACCUUUUGUGUCAAAUAUUCAAAUAAAUCUAUAUGUUUAAUUAUAUACUUCAACCCUUUAAGUCUUCUUACCUACGAACUCAUCUCAUGGAGUUUCGAUUUUUUCGUAUCAAAGUAAACACAUUUUUUAAACAUUCAAUUGCAUGAAAUACAUUUUUAGGGAAAUGAUAUAUAGCUAUAUAUAAAGCUAAGACCUAAAUAGCACCUCGUAUGAUUUUCUAAGUUUGACAAAUUUAUCAAAAUUCGACUUUGAUACACGUUAAAUUGAAAGCACUCUGUAUAUUUUUCUCUUUUUCUAUGCAAUUUUGCAUCAGAUUUUUAAAUACAUUUCAAGACAGUUUCGUUAUAUAACAAUCUGUAUUUCAUUUAAUACCUAACGUAUGUUUUCAUUAAUAAUUCCUUACAUGUUAUUGUAGCUUUUUGUGAGGAGCAGAUUUCUGGCAGAAAAUCUCGUGUGGACUCAUUUACUAAAUGUUUUGAGAUAUUUCUUUAAACACCAUAUUUCCGUCGUUAGGUAGUUGCAACAUAUAUUCACAUACGUUCACCCAGAAUGCUGACAAUGCUUUAGAAAGGGAAACGACCUGUUGAUGUAGUCUUUCAUAUUUCUCCCCAUGUUAAAUAAGAUAAGCAGUAAAGUAGAAGUACAGCACCAUGAUUAUCUUAAGAAAAAUACUGCAAAAGGCUCUAGUUCCGCGGGAAGGGUUAUACAUGAAUAAUAAACUUUAUGCUUAGAAUGAUAUGAGUAAACAGUAAUAUUGCAUUAUUUAAGAAAUGUGCAGAAUACGCGUUUUUCAUCACCUUUGUGUAGAAUUGACUGAGAUCAUAGUUACAUGUUUUUUGUUAACAUGAAAAGUUGAAAUUGUUAUCACACCAUAUAAAACCAUUUUCUUCUAUGCAGUCAUUUAUUUGACCUUUAUUCCAAAGGUCGUAUAGUGUAGAUUAGAUAGAAUUGGAUUAUGUUAGCAUCUUUAUUGAAACUUGUAUUUGAUAAUAUUGAUAACUCACCAGAUAAUAAUAUUAAAUAAAACAGAAAAUGAUCACUUAAAA